GGCAUGCAAGGAUAGCUUCAUUUGUUGUAGACCUAUUAUUGGGUUGGAUGGAUGCUUUUUGAAAGGCAAGUAUGGAGGGGAGUUACUAACAACAGUGGGAAGAGAUGGAAACGACCAAAUGUUGCCCAUAGCAUAUGCUGUUGUUGAGGUAGAAAACAAAGACUCCUGGACUUGGUUCUUGGAGCACCUUAUUGAGGACCUUGGUGGGGCAGCUGUAUGUGCAGGAUGCACAUUUAUUUCAGACCAACAGAAGGUCAGUCAAUGUUCAAUAUCUUGUACAUAUAACUGAAUAUCUUCUUUAAACAAAUGUUAAUUAAAAUAUCUUGAAUAUGUUAGGGUCUUUUGCCAGCUAUCCAAGAUCUUCUGCUUGGUGUAGAACAAUGAUUUUGUGUUAGGUAUUUAUAUUCAAACUUCAGAAAAAAAUUUCCUGAAAAAAACCUUAAACGUCUCAUGUGGAGGGCAACAACAGCCACACAUCCACAACAAUGGGAGGCUGAAAUGAGAAUAUUAAAGACAUCAAUUUAGACGCAUUUAAAUAUUUGCUUGCCAUCCCACCUAGGUUUUGGUCAAGAUCUAGAUUCACCUCUAGAUUACAAUGUGACACUCUUGUGAAAAACAUGUGUGAGGGCUUUAAUAGUGUGCUAGUUGAUAGUAGGUCUAAGCCUAUUAUUAGCAUGUUAGAAGACAUUAGGGUUUACAUAAUGAAGAGAUGGGUUGCCAACAGGACAAAGAUGACAUCAUAUCAAGGUUCAAUCUACCCCAAGGUUUUUAACAGAUUUCAGAAGGAGUCCUGGUUAACUAGAUAUUGGUUACCAAGGUGGUCAAGAGAAAAAUUAUUUGAAGUGAAACAUGUUUCACAAUUUGGUCAACAAUUUAUUGUGAAUGUUGACAACAUGGACUGCACAUGUAGAAAAUGGGAAAUUAGCGACAUUCCUUGUACUGAUGCCAUCACUGCAAUGAAAUUUUUGAAUAUAAAUGCAGAAGAAUACAUUGGGCACUGGUUUAGGAAGUCUACCUAUGAAGAGACUUACAACACAAUAAUUAACCCUAUCAAUGGUCAACAUGUCUGGGAUGUUACACCCUAUUCAGAUAUAUUACCACCAAAGAAGAGGACAAUGCUAGGAAGGCCCAAGAAGAAACGAAGACUAGAGGAUUGAGAGUUGAAGAAGAAUAACAGUGAAUUAAGAAAGGGUGGGCAGAGGAAAAAAUGUGCCAUCUGCAAAGAACUUGGACACAAUAGAAAAGGUUGUCCACAAAGACUUUCAACAGUAGAGGUUCCUACUGCCCAAUCUGUAGAAGUCACCCAACCUCCACCAACAGAUGUUCCAAUAACUCAAGAGUCUACUAUGCUUGGUACUGACCAAUGUCCUUGAUGAACCAAUAUUUUCUUCACUUCACUUAGUUUAUUGUACUAAAAUUAA